CUUACACAAGACUUGAAACCACGGCCAGUUCUACAGUUCUCAUGUUGGCCUCUCACAGCAGACAGCAGGUUUGCAUGGGGGCUCCUGGAUUUCCCCUUCAAAACAUGGAGAAGCAGGACCGCAGCCCCUGAAGGGGGACCGGGGGAGGGGCCGAGGCAGGUGCACGUGAUGGUGGGGCGCGGAGGUGGGAAGCUCAGCGCCGACCUUCCUGCUGGGCCGCUGGAUCUCCUGGAUGCCGUGAAGAUCCCAAUGUGUGAAAAUGAAGUCCCAGUCAACCAUGAUCUGCUGUUUAAUGUUAUUUCUGACCACAGAAUGUUCUCAGUAUAGAGCCAAGAUCCACAUAAAAGAUGGAGAUAAACGUCAACAUCCUGAAGAGAAACCCAAGACUGGAAAGAUACAAGAGAAAUGUCAUGGUCCUUGCAUCACUUCAUCCAACUGCAGCCAGCCCUGUGCUCUGCCCUUUCGUGGAGAAAUAGGAUUUACAUGUAAUCAAAACAAGUGGCAAAAAUCAACUGAAACAUGUACAAGCCUUUCUGUGGAAAUGCUCUUCCAGGACUUAAACACUGCAUCACGCCUUUCGGUGGCAGCGCCUUCCAUACCUCUGCACAUUCUUGACUUUCGUGCUCCAGAGCCCAGGGAGAGCGUGGCGCAGGUAAUCCGCAGGAACUGCCCGCGGGACUACGCCUGCAUCAUCGACGUGGUGAAAUCCGCAGAAGCCACGUCUGGAAAUAUCGCCUUUAUUGUGGAGUUGCUAAAAAACAUCUCUACAGACUUGUCUGAUAAUGUUACCAAAGAGAAAAUGAAGAGCUACAGCGAAGUGGCCAACCACAUCCUUGACACAGCAGCCAUUUCAAACUGGGCUUUCAUUCCUGACAGGAACGCCAGCUCAGAUUUGCUGCAAUCGGUGAAUUCCUUUGCCCGGCAACUCCACCUCCGCAAUGCAUCUGAGAACAUUGUGGACGAGCCCUUCAUUCAGACGAAAGGGUUUCACAUCAGCCACAACACCGCGGAGGAAAGUUUCAGGUUCUCCGGGAACACGAACAAUACAGCAGAGGGGAUCUUAGGAAUGGUAGAAAUUCCCCAGCACGAGCUGUGGAAGCUGCCAGCAAAUGCCUCCCAAGCCAUCACCAUAGCGUUUCCCACCUUGGGGGCCGUUCUGAAAGAAGACCACUUGCCAAAUGCGAGUCUUCCCAGGCCCGUGAAUGGUCUGGUUCUUUCGGUGAUUUUACCAGACCGAUUACAGCAAAUCUUCCUCACGUUUGAGAAGAUCAAUAAAUCCCGGAGUGCGAGGGCUCAGUGUGUUGGCUGGCAUUCCAGGAAAAGGAGAUGGGAUGAGAAGGCGUGUGAGAAAACAUUGGAUAUCAAGAACAGAGUGAGGUGCCGGUGUAACUACACCAAUGCAGUGAUGUCUUUUUCCAUUCUAAUGUCCCCCAUAUCUAUAGAUGACAAAAUCCUGGACUACAUCACCUGCAUUGGCCUCAGUGUCUCCAUCCUUAGCUUGGUUCUUUGCCUGCUCAUUGAAGCUACGGUGUGGUCCCGGGUUGUUGUGACAGAGAUAUCAUACAUGCGCCACGUGUGCAUCGUGAACAUAGCCGUGUCGCUCCUGACUGCUAAUGUGUGGUUCAUCAUAUCCUCCAACUUUAGCAAAAAGGCCCAGGACCACAACUGGUGUAUUGCAAUGACAUUUUUUAGCCACUUUUUCUACCUCUCCCUGUUUUUCUGGAUGCUCUUCAAAGCACUGCUCAUCAUCUAUGGAAUAUUGGUCGUUUUUCAUAGGAUGAUGAAGUCCCGCAUGAUGGCCAUUGGCUUUGGCAUUGGCUAUGGGUUCCCACUGAUCAUCGCGGGCACCACAGUUGCUAUCACCAUGCCAGAGAAAGGCUACAUGAGACAUGAUGCCUGUUGGCUUAACUGGGACAAUACCAAAGCCCUUUUAGCAUUCGCCAUCCCUGCCUUGGUCAUUGUGGCUGUGAAUCUUCUUGUGGUUUUGGUUGUUGCGGUCAACACUCAGAGGCCCUUUAUUGGCAGUUCCAAGUGUCAAGAUGUGGCCAUAAUUAGGAGGAUCAGUAAAAACGUUGCCAUCCUCACCCCACUGCUGGGACUGACCUGGGGUUUUGGAGUAGCCACUCUCAUCAAAGGCAAUUCCUUGACAUUCCACAUAAUCUUUGCCCUGCUCAAUGCUUUCCAGUUUCCGUGGCAGAAGAAGUUGACCUGCACUUAUGGAGGACUAGUAGGGGUUCUUCAUCUUGCUGUUUGGAACCAUUAUGGAUCACAAGAUAAGAGAUGCUUUGAGGAUGAAGAUGUCGUCACUGAAGGGGCCAACAAGAGUAGCAGAGAAUGCAUCAUUAAGCCCAACCAAUGGAUCUAAAUUAAUGAAUCGUUGAAGAUGAGAUGUGAGUAUUAAAAACUCAAGGAGAAACUUCACCUGCAAGUUGUGACAGACCACUCAGUGCCUCUUGUGAGCACGCUCUUCCCUACUCAGUGAUGCUGGAGUGAGGUGGGAAGAGAAUAGAUGGACGUACCCUUCAGAGAACAGAAACAUCUUGAUCGACCAGCACAUAAAUGAGAAUAUGUACAUCUUCUUUAAAACCUACAGAACCAAGUCAAAGCACACUUGUUUCUGUCCUCAAUGAGAGGAUGCUGCCAUCACACCUGCACUGAUACAGGAUACACGCUUGCUGUCCACAGUGUGCACACACCUAAUUCCAUCUUGGCAGUGAGUGGUGACCCUUACAAUAGACCAAUUGUCCGGAAGGAAGACUUUGUUGAUUAAAAUCACAAAGCAGCAAGCCUGUCUCUUCAUAAUGAAGUUAGGGCCAGAACCAUUCCUAAGGGGGCGUGGGUGGAGUUGCAGCAAACUAGCUGUCUACUCACAGCCAACCUAUGAGACAUUUCUACACAGGGGAAAACAAACAUUAGGCAUCCAUGAAGGAAGAACAAGUCACAAAAUGGCAGGCUAAAGCCUGAGCAGUAAUACGGGAAUGUGGGCAUUGGUAAGGUUUUGUCUUGGAGAGUUUAUGGCGUUUCUUCAUGGAUGUUGAUGGAUCUCAGGUUUUGUUUUUAAGAACCACCUGGCAACAGGCACAUCCUCUUUUUUAAAAAAUAUAUAUUUUAUUGACUUUUUUACAGAGAGGAAUGGAGAGGGAUAGAGAGCUAGAAACAUCGAUGAGAGAGAAACAUCAAUCAGCUGCCUCCUGCACAACCCCCACUGGGGAUGUGCCUGCAACCAAGCCACAUGCCCCUGACCAGAAUCGAACCCGGGACCCUUCAGUCCGCAGACCGAUGCUCCAUCAACUGAGCCAAACCGGUCAGGGCACAUCCUCUUUUACAUUCCUUUCUGUUCUGAGUCAUGGCCCAUAUAUUCAGCAAUGGGGCAAGGCAAAGGCAAAUCUUAGGGAACUAAAGAACCCUAAAGGGACUUCCUCUGUUACAGCUUCUAAAAACCUGAUGUGCUGGUGUCCAGAGAGAGGGAGGGAGAGUAAGAAGGACUUUGUUACACACAUUGACUGGCAUAUGUGGGUGCCGGGAAACCAGAGGGAAACACUGGCAUAUUAUUCUUAAUUAAGCAUCUUUACAUUUGGGUUUUUAUCUGAGCACUUUAAAAGGAAGGAGGGAGGAUUUAGUAGAACUUCACAAAGUUUAACUCUCCCCACCUCUGCCCAUUUCCUAGCCUCUAGGGUUUCUCUAUGGUGGAAUAUUAUUAUCACAUUUAUUGAUUAGCCAUUCACUGAGAGUUAGUUCAGAGGAUCUUUUAAAGUUGACCUUUCCAUUAAGGUCCCAGUUUGAGCUGUUAGGGAGUUCAUUAGACUGUCUCAGCUGGAGGCCCUUCCUACUGGGCAGCAUAUAUCCAGCCAUUCUAGAGAAGAGGAGCAUGGUUGCAGUCUUACACCCAGCUAACGGUGGUAGUAAAAGUUGGGGGGGGAAAAAAAAACAAAA